ACGAGACUGGCUAACAGCAUGGUCCCAGAGUUAUCAUUGCCGAUAUCCAAACGUUUCUUCUGGUCGGACUCGAGAAAUGUUCUAUGCUGGUUGCAGUCGGAUCAUCGUAGGUACAGCCCAUUCGUAGCAGUACGUGUCAGCGAGAUUUUGGAAUCUACGGAAGACUAUGAAUGGAGAUGGGUUCCUUCCAAACUUAACGUGGCGGACGACGGGACUAAGUGGCAGCGACAACCGGAUUUGACCCCAACUAGCAGCUGGUUCAGAGGCCCGGAAUAUCUGUGGCAGCCGGAAGAAUUCUGGCCCCCAGUUGCGCAUAAAGGUGACGCCACAGACGAGGAACUCCGACCUAGCGUUCUAUUGCAUUACAACGCAUCCGAGCCACCGAUUCCCGCCAUCAAUUUUUCAAGCUGGAACCGUCUUUUGCGUGUAACAGGUUACGUGAAACGCUUUGUAUCCAACUGCCGGCGUCGUGUAAGGAAGACUACUAUCGUUUCAGGACCAUUGUCCAGUGAAGAGUUACAACAAGCGGAAAUUCACCAGAUCCUAACAGCGCAGUACGACAUCUAUGCAGAUGAAAUGGAGCUCCUGAAGUUAAGCCGAAACCAAAAUCAACUGGCUCGUCAAAUCCCGAAGAGCAGUGUCCUCUACAAACUUAGUCCGUUCCUGGAUGCAAUGGGCGUUCUGAGGAUGAAAGGACGAGUCGACGCUUGCGAAUUUCUACUGGAAGAUGCUAAGAAUCCCGUUAUCUUGCCACGAGACCAUCUUGUUACACGAUUGGUUCUCAUACACUACCACGAAAAAUUCCAUCACAGAAACCAAAAAACCGUCCUGAACGAGGUUCGACAGCGCUUUUGCAUCUCGCGUUUGCGAGUAGCCCUCAAGAAAAUUAGAAGCGGCUGUCAGCGAUGCAAAAACCGAGACGCAGUUCCAAAACCACCGGAAAUGGCAGAUCUCCCGCUGGGUAGAUUGGCUGCUUAUACUCGUCCUUUCUCUCAUGUGGGAGUAGAUUACUUCGGUCCAAUUGAGGUCACUUUGGGAAGAAGGGUCGAGAAAAGGUGGGGGGUCUUAUUAACCUGUCUUACUGUCCGGGCUGUCCAUUUGGAGGUCGCCCACUCCUUAAGCACUAGUUCGUGCAUCAUGGCACUCUGGAACUUCGUUGUUCGACGAGGGACUCCGAUAUCGUUCUAUAGCGAUAGGGGUACAAACUUUAUUGGAGCGGAUAGGGAGUUGCGAGAAGCACUUCAGUCCGUAGAUCAGGAGACGAUCAUGCAAGAGUUCACCAGCCCACAGCCGUCUUGGUGUUUCAACCCCCCUGCUUCACCGCACAUGGGUGGUAGCUGGGAACGAUUGAUCCAAAGUGUAAAGAAGAAUUUAAGAGAGAUCGUUGGAAGCAGGCGUCCCAGUGAUGAGGAACUACGCAACGCGCUCAUCGAAGUUGAGGGAGUGUUGAAUGCUCGGCCGCUGACAGACAUUCCAGUGGACGAUGAAUCUGCACCAGCCCUUACGCCAAAUCAUUUUUUACUCGGGUCAUCCGAUGGGUCUAAGCCGUUGACAUUGUGCUGCGAUAGCGCAGAGGUUAGGCGGCAUGGUCAUGAGCUCUCCCAAGUAAUGGCUAAUCGCUUCUGGCAACGAUGGCUGCAGGAGUACCUUCCUGAAAUCACUAGACGCACUAAAUGGUAUCAGAAGGUGAAGGCGAUUGAAGUCGGGGACAUAGUGAUGAUUGCUGAUCCAGAACAUCCAAGAAACUGCUGGCCAAAGGGGCGCGUAAUCGGAACAGUCAACCGAGACGGACAGGUGCGGAGAGCCACGGUUCAGACGGCGAAAGGGAUCUACGAGAGACCAGCCAUUAAGUUAGCAGUUUUAGACAUCAGGAGCGAAAAUCAGUAGGCCAAACCUGGAGUUGGCAUACCGGGGAGGACUGUUACAACCCACGGUGUUGUGCCGCUCUUGAGUGUCUACAUUAUCUACAUUCUAUGCCCCCAGCGGCGCGAGUGUAGGGCGCCUAUGAGCCUUAGAUAGGAGAAUAAUGAGAUAUGAAUUCAAUAGAUGUAAACAAGGCCUAUUUGCGGGGAAAAAAGUGAAAGUCAUCAUCCAUGCAGGAUAGUAAAUUAGUGAGCUACUUAAGGACUAUAAGUUUAUAAUUUGAUUAAUAUAUUGAUGCGGUCAUUAAUCUUUUACUGAUUGCAUCGCAGAUCCUCUCAUCUAGCUAGCAUAGCAGUUCAACAAAAUCUGAAUUAUUCUGUAUCCAAAAGAACAGGUAAAAAGUUACUAUUAACGCGACUUAGACUAUGACUGAAUAAUUCAAAACUUUAGAUCUCGUAGCACCGACCAGAAUCUUAAUUGUAAAUGGAAUUGGGAAAGAUAGGCGGAAAGUUGACAAAACGUAAGUUCAAUUUAUCGUUAACUCAUGAUUUAUUAGCUAAUUGAGGUUCUUCUUAGAAUAUUGAAACUUCCAACAAUAAAGGAACAUUGAAGUAUUGGAACAUUUCUUUCUUCGCCUCCCAAAU